AUGGACUCCACUUUGAUUGUUGACUCUAAGAGUAAAUCGCUGGAUGUGAGUGAUUCUAAACAUGAUUUAUUUAUUGAAGUUGACUACCCUCUCCCAUUCAACAUAGAUUCGUCAACUUCAAUAGAAAUUGAAAUUGAAUCAUCAAUUAAGCAAUUCAUGAGUAUGCUUAAAAGCUAUAUAUUUAGGAUCGUGUUAAUCACAAUAGCGCUUAUCGUAGUAUUAUUCUUUCAAGGAUUAUUAAUGCUAAAGAGUGAUACAUACUAUAUGACCACCAAUAGAAUACCACUACUGGAUAGGAUUCAUGAACUUUUGGAAGAUGUUAAUCACCCAUUCACACCCGCAAUGUGUAAUAUCUUCAUGUUUACAAUAGUUUGGGCAGGUAUUCUAAGAAUAAUACUAUUCACCCCGCUGUUUUAUUUAUUUGAAAUGGCAUUGAGGUACAUAUUUUUAUUCGGAACCGCAUAUUUCAUUAGGGGGUUUUUUAUAUUUGCCACAACGAUACCUUCAUGCUAUUAUAACUGUAACCCAGAUUUAAAAAAGAGAUCUUUCUUCCCACUCUUGAUUAGGAUAAUCUCAGGUUAUAUGGGUAUCGCGACCAACUGUACGGACUUAAUUGUGUCAGGCCACACAAUGUUUACAGUUAUUACCUGCAUACUCUUUGUUGAAAAUGCUAAGUACCUCAUAACCAAGGUAAUUCUUGUACUAUACACCGGGUUCGUUUUGUUUCUCAUUGUUGCUUGUAAAUAUCAUUACACAGUGGAUGUUUUAUUGGGACUUUCAAUUGCUAUACUCCUACACUUUUAUUACUACUCUAGAAUUGACGAUUUCGGGACCUACACUCACAACAAAAUAUUUAAUUAUGGUUCAGAAAGCUUUAUUGGCGCCAAAAAAACUAAAUUAUACUACAGUCCAAUUACGAGAUUUCUAGUAAGAAUGGAAAUGCUAGAAGAAAAAAUGAUCUUAGGUCAGAAGUUGAGGGCAUUGUACCUUAGAGUCAACGACCAGAAGAGUUUAAUAGACAAAAAACUCUUGAAAAAAUUCAACCACUUUGUUCGGCUCUUUGGCGCAGAUGAAUCUGAUGAUCUUUUGACACUUUACCGAGGAACAAGGAACAUGAACUUUUACUAUUGGAAGUAUUUAUAUCGUAAAAUGUUCAAGAAGAAGAAAAUAGUUGAAGUCAUAUAA